AUUCACCGCUAAUUUUCCUCCCAUCUUCUUGUCUAGGACUCCGCCUACAUUCGGUACUUAGAUGGUGGGGCCUCCCCUCAGGCAUUCCAGUUCUUCCUGCCGGUCGGCGCCGGGGGCGGGUUCCACCUGCCAUCCUCCGUGUUCAUUGGCCAGCCCAAGGAGACGAGCGCGUCCCCCGAGCUCUCUGCGGAUGAGCAGCUUGCCUGCCGCUGGACGAAGUGCCACCUGCUCUUCGACUCCCUUCAGGACCUGGUGGACCAUGUCAAUGAUUUCCACGUCAAGCCUGAAAAGAAUUCUGGGUACUGCUGCCACUGGGAAGGCUGUGCCCGGAAAGGGCGGGGCUUCAAUGCCAGGUACAAGAUGCUGAUCCACAUCCGCACCCACACCAACGAGAAGCCCCACCGCUGCCCCACCUGCAACAAGAGCUUCUCCCGUCUAGAGAACCUCAAGAUCCACAACCGCUCCCACACAGGAGAGAAGCCCUACAUUUGCCCGUAUGAGGGCUGCGACAAGCGCUACUCCAACUCGAGUGACCGCUUCAAGCACACGCGCACGCACUACGUGGAUAAGCCCUACUACUGCAAGAUGGCCGGCUGCCUGAAGCGCUACACGGACCCCAGUUCCCUGCGUAAGCACAUCAAAGCCCACGGGCACUUUGUGGCCCCGGAGCCAGUCCCACGUGGCAGUGUGGGGGCUCUGCUCAAGGGGGCGGAGCUGCCCUAUGUGGGCGGGGCCCACAUCGUCAUCCCAGGCGCUGGUGCUGCCCUCCUGCCUGGUCUAGGUGGCUCACUGCCAUUUUCUGCUCUCGGGUCCCAGGGGAUGGACCCAAGCUCGCUGCCCCCCUCCCGCUCUGGGCUAGCCAGGGCCCCCAUUUUCUCCAUCAAUGGUGGGUCCCUGGGCUUGGGCAAGUCACCCCUCCUGUCUCCGGCCUUCUCUGCUCUGGGCCUUCCCAUAGGGGCGGAGCUAGGCUUGAGGGGGAGGGGCCACAUACGAGCUAGGUGGGGCAGUGUCAGAGGAGAGAGGAGCGAGGAGGAGGAGGAGGAGGAUGCCGAAGGGUCUGAGGAUCUUCCGGGGGCUGUGCUUAACCUCUCCACUGGGGGCAGCCAUGAUCCCCUGUCUUGGGUGGUUAUCCCACCAGGCACGGUGAAGCUCAAACCGACCGUGGUUAACUGACCCAGAGUACUGGGGGAGAGUGGGGCCAGGCAGUGGGGUGGGGCCAAUGGGGGCAGGAUCAUUUAGGGAACAUGGCAUGAGGUUCGAAGCAGAACCACACAGUUUUCGAGAAAAAAACAGUCCAAUCAUUCCUGAACUGACCAAAGACAAGAGCAGUGGACCAGCUCAUCUGGGGUGAGCACACAUACCUCUACUCCCAUCAGGUGUGGGAAUCCACCAGUAAUACCAGUAGGGGACCUGGGGCUGUGUAUCAGCAAUGGACUGCAGCGAGCCAUAGUGCUAUAGGCAGAACUGCUGGUUACCGUCAGUCUGAUUUCCGCUCCACACACGCACACACACACACACACACACACACACACAGGUUUGUAUUCAUAUCUUUGUGGGGACUCUCCAUUCAUUUCUGGGGGCCUAACCCUAACCCUAACCCUAAUCCCAAGAAUGACAACCU